AUGGGGCUGCACUGGGGAAGCGUGGCCCUUGUGCUGCUGUUGACUCUGCAGUGUGCCACUGCUUCACUGCGUUGGCCCUGCUUGGCUUAUGAAUAUAAAUGCGACUUUGUGUGUGACUGCACUGACUGCAUGGACGAGCUUUAUUGUGGCUGGGCAGGGAAGAACUUCAUGUGUGACUUUGAGGAUGAAAAAAUGUGUGGAUGGAGCCAGCAGUCCAAGGACCCGGCGUACGUCUGGGAGAGGCGGCAGAGAGGGGACACCCUGCCUGACAGCGGGCCCUCCUCGGACUACACCUUCGGGACGGCCACAGGUUGGUUUAUGGGUGUGACCGAGGUGAAGUCAGAUUCUCCAAAAACUGCAAGCUUAGUCUCCCCGGAAAUGCAGCAGUCUUCGCCCACCUGCCGCCUUCGCCUCAGAUAUUUCCUCUGGGACGCAGGUCACGAAGGGCUGGGGUCGACCCCCCUGUGGGCCACUGUGUUGCGUCCAGGCUCCCGGGAGGCCAUAGUGUGGCGUCCCGAGAGCACAAGCGUACGUGGCUGGAGGGAGGCCACCAUAUUUUUGGGACGCAUUUCAUCAACCUUCCGGAUCCACCUUUACUCAAUGCGCUCCAGGGGUCGACGUGGAGAUGUGGCCAUCGACCACCUGGAAUUCCUGGACUGCGCUUUGCCCUUACCAAUGCAAGGAACAGAGUGUCCUGCAGGGAUGAUGGAGUGUAACCGCGAGGGCUGCGUGGCACAGCAGCAGGUCUGCGACGGCACCGACGACUGUGGGGACAGGACCGACGAGCUGAACUGCGGAGGGUACCAGACCUGUGACUUUGAGCAGGGCUCUUGUGGCUGGGAUCUAAGGUCACUGUCCAAUCUAAAAUGGGUGCGGACAAGUCAAGAAAAAAUCACCCUCACUAAUCCUCUGCAGGGACCGGGACGGGACCACUCCACCAACAGCGCAUCAGGUCACUUCUUAUAUGUCACUGUCCCUGUUGAGGGUCUGAAGAUGGACUGGGCAGCUUUCCAAAGUCCACUCCUUGAGCCGACCAAUAGCUCACAUCCUUGCAAGAUGGUGAUGUACACCCACCAGUUCGGUCCUCGGUCAGGCGGUCUGACUGUGCUGGUGGCGGACCGUGCCAUCUACCCUGUGUGGCAGAGAGGGGGUGCUCUCGGGGACCUUUGGGUGAAGGCAGAGGUGGAGAUUGUCACCAAUUCUUCCUUCUAUAUUGUCAUAAUGGCAGCCAUCAGGGACGCUGCAUACGGCGGCAUAGCUGUCGACAGCAUCACAUUAUCACCCGAAUGCCGCAAUUCAACCGGUAAUUAUUCCCUGGCGGAGUUCCCUCAGCCUCCUGAACACCCCUGCACUGAUGCUGACAAGAUGUGCAAUUUUCACGUUGACUGUGAAGGAGGGAAGGACGAAGCCAAAUGUGGUGAUUUCAGUUAUCCUCAGGGUAGCUCGGGCUGGACAGAUGCCAGUGUUGGGAGCCAAGGUUGGGUGCUAAAUAAGAUGACCAAUUCCACCACUAAAGAUGAGAGUCUGUACAUAGCCGAGGCCCCGGGCCAGCAGCUGACGGAGGCCCAGACACGAACCCCCCUCCUGGGGCCCUCUGGUCCCGCUUGCACCCUCAAAUUUAGUUUUGCACUAACUGGGAAUCCUCCUCACAUUGGUGAGCUGUCAGUCGGCAUCAUCGACACCGUGAUGGGCAAGGAGUCCAGACUGUGGGAAUUCGCUGGCAAGACGGGAAAAGAGGAGGGGACGUGGCGGGAGGCUGAGGUGCCCAUAGGAGCCCGGAAAAAUCGCUUUCAGCUGGAGUUUGAAGCUCGCGCAAGGAAACUCUGUCCAUGUGCCAAGAUUCAAGUGUCCAAUGUUCGCUUCGUCGACUGUCAUGCUGAAUAUUUUCCAUCUUCCCCAACAGGGCUGUCGUGUAACUUUGAAGCAGGGCUGUGCGGAUGGUAUCAGGAUAAGAGCGACGGCUUUGACUGGACUGAGCUCAGUGGAAUGGACCACUCCACUGGGAUUGGUAAAAGUCUCGCUGUAGAUAUGUGGAGUCUUCUGCGCGGCGCCUCUGGCCGUUUACUCUCAUAUACACAGUUACCAACCUCUACAGAGCAAUGCCUGUCCUUCUACUACAAACUCUACGGGCCAGACACAGGUACACUGAAUGUAAAGCUGAUAGAUAGCCACGGUGUUGAGUCGCUGCUCUGGACGCGUAGAGGAGCCCAUGGCAACGUGUGGCACCAGGGGCUCUGCCCGGUAUCGAGCCAGCUUACAAGCUUUCAGCUGGUGUUCGAGGCGGUUCACUCAGGCUUUGAUGGGCGCGUGGCGAUCGAUGAUGUGGCUUUCAUACCACGUCAGUGCACCGUGCCAAGGAUGUGCUCCUUUGAAGGCCAGCGCUGCGGCUACACCAGCUACGGCACGACUCGCUGGCUGCACAAGGACGGACUCAGCACAACGGCCGGACCUAAAAGUGAUCACACUCUGGAGACGGAAUCAGGUUACUACAUGAUGGCACACACCGACGCAGAGAUCCUCCCUGUGGAUAAGACAACAACUCUCGCCUCCCCGAUUCGCCUAGGAGUGGCUCGAACCGAAUGCCUCAGUUUCUGGUAUCACAUGGGGGGAAUGAAUCCUGGGUCUCUGACCGUCUACAUGAAACCAGUGAAGGGAGAGAGGGUUGAGAUCUUCUCUGACAACCUGAAUCAGGGAAAUGUCUGGCGUCAUGGCAACGGCAACAUCACUAGCACCCUUGUGGACUGGCAGUUGGAGUUUGAGGUGACCGGGGCGGGUGGCAAAGGCACUCAUGUGGCAGUAGAUGACAUCGCCAUCUUUGCUCACCCGUGUCAAAAUCAAGGGUCUAAAUGUAACUUUGAGCGAGGAACGUGCGGCUGGAGCAACACUCAAAACCCCCAAACGGACAAACUGGACUGGGAGCUGACGAGCCGGGAGGCAGAGACGCAUUACACCACCCCGCCUCAUGACCACAGUCUCGCGACAGAAAGAGGUCACUUCCUGUUAUUUCCAAGCACUGACCGGACCCCAGCCAAUCAAAACGCUUGGCUGCUGAGUGCUCACCUGCCCCCAACGCAGGGCACAUGCCUGAAAUUCUGGGCCCACAGGCCAUCCUCUGCUGACAAUCAGCUGAAGGUGUGGAGGCUGGCAGCGGGCAAGCUACAUGAGCUGCUGCUGGUGGACGAAGUGAGAGGAAUAUGGAAACGCUUCGACAUAAACAUCACCUCCAGUGAGGAUUACCAGAUUGUGCUUGAGGGUGUCAAAGGCACAGCAGGGAUUUUGGCCUUGGAUGAUAUCGAGUACACCAUAGGGGUCAACUGCGCUGGAGAAGUCACAGAUAAACUGACAACCACAAAGAAGGGAGACGACGCUGGAGGCAUUGCAGCAUCCGUCAUUGUAGUUCUGCUGCUGGUGGGCACCCUCAUUGCUCUGCUGGUUUACUACCUGCGAACCCGUGACAGAGUCAAGGCUUCAACCAAUCGUCUGCCAUCCUCCUCCCCGUCCGCCUCCUCCUCCUCAGCUGGCCCUGGCUUCAGCAAUGAUUCAUAUGAACCGGGUCUCACACAGGACCGUGUGACUGUGCCACCAGCGCAAAACCAUCCGAUGGAAGCUGCCUUCAAUGAUGUGGUGACCUCUGACUCUGAACACAGAGAGAGGGAGGUGGCAUGAGGCAGAGGAGUGGCUGUGCCACCUAAAGGUGGCUCUGAGAACUUGAGGCGAUAUCACAGCAGCAGAACUGCUUGUGUCGUCUUUGCAUGCACACACACACACACACACACACACACACACACACACACACACACACACCCAACACAUACACACUGAUCCAUAAUGUAGGCCUAAUCAGUG